AUGGACUCCAGGCCAGCUACCCCUCAAAACUGUGAUGGGGUGCGCUUGGAGCGCACAUGCCAGGAGGAGGCGCUGGCGAAGAAGGACACGGAGGCGGCGGCGGCUCUUCUACUAAAGCUGACUCAGGCAUUGGGCGGGGACGCGGUACAUCGCUCCAACGCGACCAAGAAGCUGGCGGACACGGUGGAGGUCAACACGACAUUCCUGUUAGACCUGUCCAGGCAUACGCCUCAGGCUCUGGAGGCCCUGUUAUUGUUACAGGGCAACGCGAUGCUCCAGCUCGGCGGGGUGGGUUACAAGCGCGAAACCCUGCGUCGCAGCCCGGUUGCCAAGAAGAUCAAG